CUACGAUUUCAAUGUCCGUAAAUCAACCAAUUUUUUAAUUGCAAAAAAAACCAAUUAAAGGGCUGAAUUCGUGAUAUUUGAUGAUUGCACCGUUGAAAUCAAACACUCUGCCUUCUUCCUGCAUCCUGCUUAAUUUAAAAAACCCAAACAAAUAGAUGAACAAGAAUUUACGAAUUCCGAUCAAUGGGUCGAAACGUACCCUACGCUUAUCAAUCAAAAUUAUUUCGGGAAUAUAGUUCUAGGUGUACGUAAAAAAUCCUAAGCGCACAGUUUCGAACAUAGAUUUUUAUUCAUCAAUCAAUUUUCUAAAUCAAUAUUUCUCACGCGUUACCGUCAUUGUGCCAUUGCGCGCGUACGCAAUGGUUGUGCUCGCAUAUGCUCUGUAAUCAGUUAAAGUUGUACAUCACUCGAUUUCUAAUUUGCAAUUGACCAAAAAAUUGAUUGCAACAUUUAAACAGUUUGCAAAUCAGUAUGAAUUCAAUAGUAAGCUGUUGUAAACUGUUGGCUGCAAAACCGAACAAUGUACACGUGUUUGGAGGUUAUUUGAGCCGCGGUAUGGCCAGAACUAUCGAUGACUAUAAGAUCAAAUGGGUACGACCGGUAAAACUUCCAUCGAUAGAUCCACGACAGAGUGGCGAUCUAGGACUGAACGUGUCUGUAAAACCCACUGACUUGAAAGUUCUUUAUGAUAAAUCAAAGGAGUUGCAAGAUGCCGAUGAGAUUGUAAAGAAAAUGUUCACCUUGGAGUUUCAACCGAGGAAGGAAGCCAAAAAUCUAGAGAGAGAGAAAGUAAUAGCACUUGUGAAGAGGCACAUUUGCGAUCGAGCUUCAGCAGAGGUCAAAAUUGCUGCAAUGACUACUGAAAUACAGUAUCUUCAAAGGCACAUAGCUGAACAACGAAGGAACAUAAAGUUCAAAGUGUUUCUGAAAGAACUAAUCGACAAAAGAAAGAAGUUUCUUAAAUAUAUGAGAAGAUGGGAUUACAAGCGGUUUGAAUGGAUUCUUGAACGUUUGAAUCUUAUUUAUGUACCUCAGCCAAAAAUUGCCGGCAAAGUGUCGAGAAAAGAUGCACUGAGACGACUGACGAAAGAUUAUUGCGACGGUAUUAUUCAGCAAAAAUUGGACAUAUUUAGAGCCCAAUUGAAAGAACAGCAAAAGGUAUUCUUCGCUCAGAAGGUCAAAAACUUGGAGUACAUUUUAGCGGAAGAGAAAAAAUAUGAUUUGAAUCCAACUGUGUCUGAAAAAGAGAUUGAUGUUGCACGGAAGAAAGCGGAAGAAUUAUUAAAAGAAACUGUAUAAAUAAAUUUUUGUUACAGUCA